GUAACAGCAGGCAAAGGAAACAAUCUGCAUGAAGUGGAAUCUCAAAAUCAAGACAAGUUCUUGGUCAGCAUGCCAACUAAGUUUAGGAAAAAUGUGUGGAUAAAAAGAGGAGACUUUGUCCUGGUACAGCCUAUUGAGGAGGGAGACAAAGUUAAGGCGGAGAUUGUAACAAUUUUGUACAAAGAGCAAAUUAAGUACAUCAAGAGCGAAGGACUGUGGCCGGCUGUGUUUGAAAACAGUGAGGAGACUAAAAGCAACAGUAUGAUUUCUGACGACCUCCUGCCUCCCAGCGACGACUCUGACGAGGACAAUACAUGUGACAGUGUUAUGAACAUUAACAGGAAGCAGGUCGCUGUGUACGACGAGAGCGAUGAAAGUGACGAUGAAGACGGCUGAGAUGGAUCUCAACAAGUCUUUUAAUUUUGACUCCUACUUAUUUGAACACCGGGACAAUAUCAAUGUAAUGAUAUACAAUGUAGCAUGUAUUUGAUACACAUAUCAUAUGUGCAAAAACAACACAUGAUAUUGCCAAUCAUAUGUGC